GACUUCGCUCCUAGAGCGGCGACGGAAGUUCUCGGGCGGGGCCUCGAGCGAGUUCCGGCCGCGGUGUGCGGGUUGGUCGUGCGGGCUUUGUCGGUAACUGUGUGGGUAUUGUCGGUGGCCUGCGGGGCCGUCGGCGGCUCCGGCUUCCGGUCAGAACCGUCCUCUCAACCUUGGGCACCAGAUUCUGCUGCAGAAUGAGAUGGUGAUGAGAAGGUGACUCCAAAACUUGAAUUUCUGAGGAUGAAAGUUCUCAUAAGGCGAUGUCAGACAGACUCACAGUAAUGGAGCACCCCACCUCUGAGUCUAGGGAAGUCCAUGAAACCAGAUUAGGGAAGCUAUUGGGAAACCGAGAAGGGCAGAACCUAGGGAGUCCCCCCUCUCAGGAGGAUGGCUUCAAGCAAGUCACAGUGACCCACUGGAAAAUCCAAACAGGAGAGACAGCCCAGAUGUGUAGUAAGCCAGGGAGAAACCCUAUUCUGAACCCAAACCUUCUUAUACUUCAAAGAGAGAUUAUAGAAGGGGAGGCCCAUCCUUGUGGUAUUUGUGGUCAAACCUUCCCAUUUAAUUCAGACCUAAUUAGACAUCAGAUUUCUCAUACUGGAGAGAAGCCUUAUAAAUGUGAGGAUUGUGGAAAAGACUUCAGUCAGACCUCACACCUCACAGAGCACCAGAGAGCCCACACUGGAAACAGGUUGUAUGUGUGCAAUGUGUGCGGGAAAGACUUCAUUCACUACACAAACCUUGCUGAGCACCAGCAAGUGCAUACAGGAGAAAAGCCAUUCCGGUGUGCUCAGUGCGGGAAAGCAUUUUGUCACAGCUCAGACCUGCUUCGGCACCAGAGAGUUCACACUAGAGAAAGGCCCUUUGAGUGCAAAGAGUGUGGGAAAGGCUUCAGCCAGAGCUCCUUACUCAUUCGCCAUCAGAGAAUUCACACAGGUGAAAGACCUUAUGAGUGUAACGAGUGUGGGAAAUCCUUUAUCAGGAGCUCCAGUCUUAUUCGGCAUUACCAAAUCCACACAGAAGUAAAGCAGUAUGAGUGCAAGGACUGCGGAAAGGCCUUCCGCCACCGCUCUGACCUCGUUGAACACCAGAGGAUUCAUACUGGGGAGAGACCCUUUGAGUGUAAUGAGUGUGGGAAGGCUUUUAUUCGAAGUUCAAAGCUUAUUCAGCAUCAGAGAAUUCACACUGGAGAGCGGCCCUAUGUCUGCAAUGAGUGUGGGAAGCGCUUCAGCCAGACGUCCAACUUCACUCAACAUCAGAGGAUCCACACCGGCGAGAAACUGUAUGAGUGUGAUGAAUGUGGAAAGGCCUUUUUCUUGAGCUCAUAUCUUAUCCGGCACCAGAAAAUCCACACUGGUGAGCGGGUGUACGAAUGUAAAGAAUGCGGAAAGGCUUUUCUGCAGAAAGCCCACCUCACAGAGCAUCAGAAGAUCCACACUGGGGACCGACCCUUUGAGUGCAAAGACUGCGGGAAAGCCUUCAUCCAGAGCUCUAAGCUGCUGCUGCACCAGAUUGUGCACACUGGGGAAAAGCCCUAUGUGUGCAGUUUCUGUGGGAAAGGCUUCAUCCAGAGGUCGAACUUUCUCCAACACCAGAAGAUGCACACUGAAGAGAGGCUAUACGAGUGUAGCCAGCUUGAGGAGGGUUGUACACCACCCUCCGACUUUAUCCACCAAGAGGGCCUUUCCCUAAGUGAGACUUCUACAUGUUUAGGCGAGAGGUCCACAGGGCAGGAGGGUCAUAUGGAUAACUUAUGAUCACUCUGACUCAGAGAGUGGUGUUUGGAGAUGGGUGGAAUUAGGGUUCUUAAUGGCUUCCAAGCUUUGGACAUGUCAGUUUCUUGAAACAUGGGGGGGCUGUGUUUGGAGCGGCCUGUUGCCUGCUACUGGACAGCUGGCCUUGAGCUGGAAUGGGUUGGGGUAGAAAAGAUUCUUAGAUUUUAUUCACAAAAUACAGCCCACUUUUGAGUUCCAUCUUUUCAGAGCAGAGCUGUGAAUUUAAUCUUAUUACUAAAAGAGGCUUGCCUAUCAAAAGCUCGAGAAGGAUUUUCUCAUGCAAAGCCUCUAGUGAGUGUCCUGUUGUCCUGGGGAUGACCCCCAAACCCUCACAUCCUGUGUUCUAAGGCUUUUAUCUCCUUGAUUGCUUAGUUCCCAGCCACAGUUGGUGUGUUCUCACUCUCCGAGCUGCUCUGCUCCACUCCACUCCAACUCAUCAUCUUGCAGGGCUCAGGCAUCAUGUCAAGGAACAUUUCCCUUGCACUUAGCCAGCAAGUUUUCCAUGCUUUUGAGGCUCAGUGCUUACCUCUUGUAACUGAAUUAUGAAUUAUUAACCAUUACACUUAAUUCCUUGAUGGUGAUCGUGUCUGAUUGAUUCAUACAUCCCCGAUGCCUAGUGUGCGACCAUAGAAAACACCCCGCAUGUCUGUGUAAUUGACAGCUCUCUUUGUCCUUUUUGUAUUGUUAUUUUAAAAUUUGGGGAUGUUUUUCUUUGUGUCAGUAUGAUCUAUUCUACUGGCCAUAUAUUCUCUCCGAGACCCCUUACUGCCUUCUGCUCCUGCCCGAGAGUUGCCGAAUCACCUGUCUAUAUUGGCACCCUCCCAUUGCUGCCUAUAGCCUCACCUGGAGCUGCCUAUUGCCCUGAGUGCCCCCAAGUACUCGGGUGCACAACCCCAGUGUACUACACAACCUUGUUCUAGCUCAGCAUGUCUUCAUGACUUUUCUUGACAGUGAGACAUAGUAGCUGAUAGCCACAACUUAAAGGUGGAAAGGUUUAUUUUGGCUCACAUUUUCAGAAGUUUCAGACCCUAUUCCACAGAUUCCAAGGAAGAAAUGGCAUAGUAGAGGGGCUUAUCGGACGAAAAUGGUUUAUGUUCUGGAGGCCAGAAAGCAGGGAGCGAAGAGAGGAGCCAGAGGGUUAUAACGCCCUUCCAGGUUAUGUCCCCAGUGACCUGCCUUUAAUCAGGCCCCAACUCCUAACACCAUACUCAGCUGCUGAACUUACUAGUACAUGAAUGCCCUGAAGAAUAUAACAGCCCCAUGUUCCAAUCCACUUCCAAAACCUCCACCACUGGCCACCUGAGUGUUUCAGAGGAUGUUUUAGAUCCACCCCCAAUCCCAUACCGGGGAUUGAACUCAGGACCUUGCACUUAGAUCUAGACCAUAACAGCAGCUCCAAGAUUGACUCAACUCUUACAGUUUCUUGCCCCCUGGCUCACGUCACUUAUUUGAAAAUGUAUUGUGUUGAGGUCUAUAAGAAAUAGUUCUGGAUAUCGGGAAAUCAAGAAUAAGAGACCAUCUGCACUGCAGUGGUGAGGAAUAUAGUGAGGAUGGUAUUGGGAGUGAAGUGCCAAGAUAGAUGGAAGUGUGCUCCAGGUCUUGUAGGAGCGUUAGGGGGUGACUGUAGUGGCAUGGCAGUUCUGGGAAGACUUCACACCAGAGGUGACAUUUUAUUUUAUUUUAUUUUGGUACCGGGGAUCGAACUCAGGACCUUGUACCCUUGAGAGUCAGGCGCCAGAACCACUGAGCUAAAUCCCUGGCCCAGAGGUGACAUUUUAAAUGGCUCAGAGACCAGUGGGUGCUUUUCCACAGGAGGAGAAAGGACCUGGGAGAGAGAGCUCCACAGACACAGGCAGGCUCAACAGGCUGUUGCUUGGGCAGCAGAGCAGGCAGCUUUGGCACAUGGGAAAGUUCAGCAGAACUGCUCACCUUGGCCUUUGAUUUUCUUUCAUUUGAAUGUUAACUGAAACAACUAGCUUUGAGAUGAUUUAAAAAUUUUUUUUUCCCAUAAAGCAUAUUUUGAGUUCCCAACAACCCUUGAGGGAAUAGAUAAUUCAAAAGGCCAUACAAUGUCCACUUUCUGAAAAAUUCACUAGAGAUAUUUCAGAUGAUAUAAAAGGUGUUAAGAGAACAUUUUAAUCAGACAAUAAAAUGCCUACUUUUAAGUGUACAGAGCUUUGGGAAAUACAGCUGUGUAUCCACCAACCAUAGUCAAGAUGAACAAAUUUCUUCCACCUAAAAGUUUUCUUUCCCUUUCCCAUCAGCCCAUCCCCAACCCCAGUAACCACUUUGUGUCAGUGUAGAGUAGUGUAGCUUGUCCUAGAACCACACAUAUGUGGACUCUUGUGUACUCACUAGUGUCUGACUUCUGUCCCUUCAACAUGGCUUUUGGUUCAACCACAUUUUGUGUUUUGGUAGUUCUCUUUGCUGACUAACGUCCCAUUGUAUAGAGAAAUCAUUUGUUAUUCAUUCAUCUGUUUAUGGAAAUAUGCAUUUCCAGCUUUGACUCUGAAGAGUAAAAUUUGCUGGGGUUCAUAGCUUAGUGAUAGGGUCGUUCCCUGGCAUCCAUGAGGCCCUGGGCUCUGUCCUUACUAUUUCAAGAAUUGCUAGCCAGGUGUGGUCAUGUAUGCCUCUAAUCCCAUCUACUUGGGAGGCUGAGGCAGGAGGAUUUCAAGUUCAAGACCAGCCUGGACCACUUAGUAAGAUCCUGUCUUAAUAAGGGCUGGAGAUGUAGCUCAGUGCUUCCUGGGUUUAAUCCCCAGUAUUACCAAAAACAACAAACAAGGAAUAAAACUGCUAUGAGCAUUUAUGUA